CAUGGCUUCCAACGUGAUCAACCGAAGUGCGUCCGUGAUGCUCUGGUUGUUCUUUUUGUCUCUCAUUCAUACAGCGGAAGCAAUUGACGGUGGGGAUGCCGUUGCUCUUCUUUUAGGAAUGACAAUAACUGUCGUGGGAUUUUGUGCAUGUCUCGGUUGGUACGCACGCAAACGAAAUGGACAGUUUUGAUAUAGUAGCUCCGACAGGCCUGUAUCCGGAAACGUUCCCCUCUGCUUUCCUGGGAUCAUAAAAGAGAACCAUGCAACGAAGACUUAAGACGCCUUUUCAGAAACGAUCCGAAGAUACGACAGCUACAUGAAAAGAACGAAAAAGUGGACUGAUCGUUGAGAGGAGUACGUAGCUGCUAUCUCAUGCCACUGCUUGGAUACCUGACAAGGCGCGGAGAAUACGGAAGUUACCCAGUUUAUAUGAGCUUGGGGACUGUGUAAAGAUUAUGGAGACCACGUUGUACAAAAUAUAUCAGUCUUUGAAAUAUCUGAGAGACCCUUUGUUACACUUCGAUUAAGUGGGACCAUUGCGUUUGAUUACCCCAUUGCAACGAAAAUCACCAUGCCCGAAUAUUUCGAGUGACUUGCAUUGCUUUUGCUGUUUAAGCGCCGUGCUGUCAUUCUGUGACGCCAAUAGGCUAAUUAACUAGCUAUUUUGCAAAAUGUUCUUACAACCUCUGUUUUUCAGCACUUAAACCUCUGCCUUGUUAUCUGUUUACUGUUGACACAUAUGCAGCGCUGUGAUCCUACAAAAUGAACACGAAAGCUCAAGUUAAUGAGUGAAACCUGUUUUUUUGCUUGUUUUCUGUAAAUAAAUUGUGUCGAAAUGAA